CCGACCAACUUGACUUCUUCCCUAACCAAACCCAAUUUUCCGUUCCACGCGGGUAGUCCAGGCCAAAACCCUCCCUUUCACUCUCUACAACUCUUGGGUUUUCUCUCUACAACAAAAAGGAAAGGAAAAGAAAAGAAAAGAAAAGAAAAGAAAAGGGCCUGGUUGGGAUCUCCGUUGGCUUCUUCUUCGUCCUUGACCACUGAUCGAUGUCGCUGAGUUAACACUUUUUUGAGGAGAAAUCUGUUGGUGUGGUCGAAGAAAUCGAACAUUGGCGGUGUAGCAUUCACCAGCAGAAAAGAAAACAGCAUGAUAAAGUCUUUCCAGUUCCAAGUUGAAACUUAAGAAAUGUCUGAAUUGGUAGCCCGCACUGGUCGUCAUCAGCAGCGCUAUGAGAAAGGUUGCCGUCUCGUCGCCGGGUGUAUUCCUUUCAAAUAUUUCCAUUCAGAUGCCACAGCUGAGAAGAUUGUUGAGGUACUAAUGAUCAACUCAACUAGUGGACCGGGUCUCCUGUUUCCAAAGGGUGGAUGGGAAAAUGAUGAAAGUGUCCAGGAGGCAGCAGCUCGUGAAGCUUUAGAAGAGGCUGGAGUUAAAGGAGAUUUAGUGCAUGACCUGGGAUAUUACCAAUUCAAAAGCAAAACACUACAAGACAAGUUUUGCCCUGAAGGUUUGUGCAAGGCUUUCAUGUUUGCUUUGCUUGUGAAGGAGGAGCUCCAGUGUUGGCCAGAACAGAGCACCCGCCAUAGAAGUUGGUUGAGAAUCCCUGAAGCUAUCAAUUGUUGCCGUUACCAAUGGAUGAGAGAAGCUCUUGAGGAAGGUUUUUCCAAGUGGCAAGCUAAUGACAUGAAGAAUAAGGAACUCCAAGCUUCUUCGCCCGCUUCCUUUCCUGACCAGCAUUGAUUAGUUCCUAGAUGCUUACUUAGAGGUUCCUUUCAUAAGCUGAUUUGGCUGGCAUCUUUUCACAUUUAUGAUUUUGAUUUUCUGGGUGUAGGAUGUAAGGCCUCUUUAGAUACUCAACCAUGCAGUUUUGUUGUUGUUGUUAUUGUUUCUUCCACGAUUUUACUGUUUUAGUUCAUGGGAACAGGAAAUUUUGGAAACACGGGGUGAAAAACCCAUCAUUUGUUUACAAUGUGGGAAUGGCUCUUGGGUUGUUUUUUGCAAAGGAAAUCAAUAUGUUUUGACUAUAUA